AGGAUUUUAGAAUCAACUUAAGUGAUUAAUUAUGAAAAGGCAUGAAGCAAUAUUCAAGGGUCAAAAUUUUAAUUCUAGGAGUUUGUUUGUACCCCCUUUUCAAUUCACAGAUGACUCAGUUGAUGAGCAGCAGGAAUCAGACCACGGUGACUGAGUUCCUCUUCUCUGUGUUUCCACAUCUGCAUGAGGGUGGCCUCCUAUUCUUUAUUCCCUUGCUUCUCAUCUAUGGAUUCAUCAUAACUGGGAACCUAAUGAUAUUCAUUGUCAUCCAGGUAGACAUAGCCCUGCACACCCCUAUGUAUUUCUUCAUCAGCGUCCUCUCCUUCCUGGAGAUCUGGUAUACCACAACUACCAUCCCCAAGAUGCUCUCCAGCCUGGUCAGUGAGCAGAAGACCAUUUCUCUGGCUGGCUGUCUUAUGCAGAUGUACUUCUUCCACUCACUUGGAAUCACAGAAGGCUGUGUCUUGACAGCAAUGGCCGUUGACAGGUACAUAGCUAUCUGUAAUCCUCUCCGUUACCCAACCAUCAUGACUCCUAAAUUUUGUAUCUGUCUGACAGCUGGCUCCUGCCUCUGUGGCUUUCUCCUUGUGCUCCCUGAGAUUGCAUGGAUUGCCACCCUGCCUUUCUGUGGCUCCAACCAGAUCCAUCAGAUCUUCUGCGACUUCUCCCCUGUGCUGAGCUUGGCCUGCACAGACACAUCCCUGGAGGUCAUUGUGGAUGCUAUCCAUGCGGUGGAGAUCUUGGCCUCCUUCCUGGUCAUCGCCCUCUCCUACAUCCGGAUCAUCAUGGUGAUUCUCGGGAUGCCCUCGGCUGAGGGCCGUCAAAAGGCUUUUUCCACCUGUGCUGCCCAUCUGGCUGUGUUCUUGCUAUUUUUUGGCAGUGUGGCUGCCAUGUAUUUGCGAUUCUCAGCCACCUACUCAAUGUUUUGGGACACAGCAAUUGCUGUUGCUUUUGUUAUCCUUGCUCCCUUCCUCAAUCCCAUCAUCUACAGCCUGAGAAACAAAGACAUGAAAGACGCCAUCGGAAGGCUCUUCCACCAUGAGAAGAGGGUGGGUAGAGCAGGGAGAUAGGUCUGCACCCUGAAGACUCUGAAAAGCCUCUUGGAAGUGCAGAA